AUGCUCCUGCAGCUGGGUUACAGAGAUCAAAAGCUAAAGCUCUACCUUUAUCUUCAUCGACAACGAAUGCAAAUUGAAACCAUUGUCGCCCAUCAUCUUGGAAUCUCCGUCGACAGAUGCACUGUUGUUGAUGUCGAGGACUGGAUGCACGGAAGCUUCAACGUCUGUCUUCAAGUGAAUAUCGAUAUAAAUGGCCAAGAGUGUGUUCACGAUAAAGGAGGUAUUCCUGGGAAGCAAUACAUAAUUCGAUUCCCUCUGCCAUUUCGGAUUGGAGAAAACUUUUGCCCAGGCAACGCAGAUGAGAAAGUCCGCUGCGAAGCUGCGACCUAUGCAUGGCUCCAAGAGAAUUGUCCUACCGUUCCUAUCCUACAACUUUACGGGGUUGGCCUGUCGAACGGCCUGUCUUUUACCGUACUUGAUAACCUGCCUCUUUUUACUCGAAGUUUGCACCGUCUACGCCGUCUAUUCUCAUACUGGUUAGGCUACCCGACCCCGUCACUAUAUGUCCCCCAUAAACAACAGAGACGUAAAGAGCAGGUCAGGCUCAACACUCCUUAUCUGUUGAUUGAAUACAUCAAACCGUCGCAAGGAAAGAUGCUUUCAGAAACAUGGGAGCAAGGACGCCAUGAUCCGGAAUUACGCUCUGUAUUUUUUCCAUGGACUCUCACGUAUCAUGUUGGCGUGAAAGAGGGUCUCUUCCCAACAUCAGAUGUUCUUCGACUUGAAUUGAUGCCUGAAGGCACCAAGGCAUCAAGGUACCAGAAGUACCGAGCCACGUGA